CAGUGGGGUUAAACAAAACCACCAUCCCAAACGUGCAUCAGUCUCCUCACAAGGGACCCCAGGGCGAGAGGAGCGACUCACCCAGUCAGGAUACGUCUACUUGUGACGCUCAGACACACAGCCAUUGUCUGCUCAGGACUGCUCAAGUGAUUCUACAAGUGUCGCCUCAACUGCUCAUUGUUUACCCUAAUAUUCAACUUAUGACACAUUUCUGGAUACAAUAGUUGCAAACCUGUGACACUGCCGGAUUUCGUGUAAUGAUCCAACUGCAACUUUGACGGAUCAUCAUUUCGGAACCGUUCUCCCUGUCACAGAACACAACUUGAGUUACUUUAGUUUUAGUAAGAGUUUAACUUGGCACUUAUAACACAAAUGGUCAUAUAAGGGUCGAAGAUUGGACAAAGACGUGUUACAAGAGAGUACCAAAAUAAAAAAGAAGGAAGAGAGAUCAGAACGGUAGAUGUUUGUUAAGAGAGAAGGAGGAAACCACACCAGAGCACCCUCCAAACGCUUCUCUGCUUGAGUGAGCAGCAGACAUCAAUAAACUAUUCAAAAAAAGAUUCUGAUCUUGUGCCCAGCAGUGACCUGACCCUGUGUCCUAAACCAUAAGUCCUGAUCUUAUGUCCUAACCUUGUGUCCUUCCCUAUGCCCUAAAACUUAACCCUGUGUCCUUUAAUCAAACCUGUGUCCAAUAACCUAACCCUGUGUCCUAUAAUCUAAUCCGGUGUCCGGUAAACUACUUACGUAUCCUGACCCUUUGUCUUACCCCUAUGCCCUAACCCUGCGUCCUGUGUCCUAAUCCUUUAAACUUGACCUCUGUGUCCUGAUCCCCGUGUCCUUGACCCCUGUGCCUAGCCAGCCAGCCAGCCAGGAUGCGUGGCGCCAACUGCUCUCUGGACCUGAAGGAAGCUGGAAACAACAUGAGUGAUGCAGAGCUCUGGAGCCGAUUGCUGGAGGCAGAGCAGCAGGAGACUGUGUACAAGAUGCCGACCUUCCUUCUCCUGGGGACUAUCGUAGCCCUGGGCCUGCCUGGAAACCUGCUAGUGCUGCUUGUCUAUGGCUUUCGCUUCGCCGCUUCUUCUGCUAAGAUCUUCAUCAUGGCCAUGUCUUCUCUGGACCUCAUCAGUUGUGUCCUCUGUAUACCCUUCGAGAUUGUCGACCUAAGAUACGACAUGACCUUGAACAUUUCAGUUUACUGCAAGCUGAUCCGUUUCCUCACGACGUUCACCGCCAGUGGCUCCAUCUGUGUCCUGGUGGCCGUGGGCGUGGAUCGAUUCCGUCGGAUCUGUAGACCAUGCCGCCGACAGAUGUCCGUGAGAGAGAGCAAGUUCUUGGUCGGGGGUCUCGCUCUCAUUGCUGCCGUCGUCGCCGCUCCCGCUCUGGUGCUCUACGGCCGGCGCACGGUCCUCAUCCGGGGUCUAGUGCUCUACGAGUGUACCAUCGACGACGCCUGGAAGGGUGACACCUUCACAACCGCCUACCAGUUCUUCCUUUUCGUGUUGUUCGUUGUCUGUAUCGUGAUCCUGGCGGUGGUAUACGGGUUUGUGUUGUACAAGAUCGUCUUGCAGCAGAGACGGCGCGAAAAAUUGUCUGCGAACUCCCUCGAAGGCUCGAUCAGCCAUAGGGUUCAGCAGGUUCAGUCGGACAAAGAUUCGGCCUCUUCAACGCUGCCUGCUAACCCUCCACCGAGUGAGGUGUCCGUCUCCGAUGCUGUCCAAAGUGGGUCAAAAAUAAAUGGGGCGUCCAUCUCCGAAGUUGUCCAAAGUUUAUCCAAAGUAAACUUGUCAAGAGACUCAGAUUCCUCAACGUUUUCAGGUACACACCAACUUCCAGCCAUGGGCAUGAAGAAAAAACGCCAUGGUCAGAAAGACAAGAAUAAAUCUAGGAAUGGUACUUCAGGCGUUGGGCGGUCUUUACUGGGCCCCCCCACAGAACCAGAUCACUAUGCCAGUGAUACAGGAAAGACCACCACCGCCUCAUCCACAAGUAAAAAUACUUUCGUCCGACUUUUCUCGCGUGAUGUCAAUCCAAUCUUUGAGGAGUCCGAGCAGAUGAUGAGUAACUCAACUGACGACAUCUUCUCUGGACACGAGAUCAUCUCUCUGACCGGCACUCCGCACGGUACGCGGAAGAGACACCCCACGGGCGACAUGAGUCUUAAUAACUUUCUCUCUGUCUCAGAAGACACGGACUUUGACGCGUUUUCUAGAAAGAUCUGUGUGAACACAGGGGUUUCCAGCAGAAAAGUCAGUACGGCAAGGUCAUUUAGUACACAAGAACAAAACUCUCUCAGACGAACUGAGUUAUUGCACAAAAGUGCGCGAAACAAGAGCUGCUCCUAUCACACUCUUAAAGCACAAGGUUCAAGCCUAGUUCACCGAUGGAACAGUGAACCGUCACUCUGCGAGCCGACCUUUUCAACAACGAAUACAUUGCCAUAUUCUCUGUCUCGGUCCAAUUUCGAUUAUAAAUCUCGAGGUGAUUCUACAAGAACGUCGUUGGUGGUGGUAAUAAAUAACCCAGAAGACAACAACACAUGUGACACAUUGCCAAUUCCUGUUGACGUAAUAAGCAACUCGUCAACCUACGUCACUGCCACACGACUUACUCCCGUGACUCGCUCCCACAACGUUACGUUUGAAGAGCAGCCGGAGCCUAUUGCUGCACUGUCCACAGCUUACUCUGCCAGCAGUGAGCCCAACCUGCUCCACAUCCAUGGCGACUCAUGUGACACCUCCAACGACAAAAUAUCCCCAAACACGUCCUUUGGACAAAGAAGUAAGUAUCGAGCUGCUAGCAUAGCGAUAUCCCUGUCAAAAUUUAUUGGAAAAAAGUCUAUUGCCAAAGAAAUCCUCUCGACGAAAGUCAGCAUAAUGAUGCUGCUGGUCACGUUAAGCUUUGUCCUGAGUUACCUCCCGCAUCUGGUUAUCCAGAUCUUCAAAACUCUCAACUCGUCUCAGCACGCCUCUCUCAUGUGCUGGGACUCGGUCUACUUUGGUGCCCAGCACUUCCUCAUCCGCUCCUUCUUCAUCAACAACGCUGUGAACCCCAUCAUCUACGGCUUCUACAACAACACGUUCAGGGACCGAUGCUGCCGCUUCUUGAAGUCCAUCAAAUCUCGGUGUUCUCGGAACACUGACUGGACACCGAGCUCCGCCCCUUCCUGUUCCGCGGACAAUGACGACUCCUAGGUCUAGACUUCGGGACCAGGCCGCCGCCUCCUCCUGGACACAAUGGUAGCGUUCUCGGUGUAGAAUGUGGAACGUUUAUGUUCAGAUCCAAUUUGAGUCUCUUUGACUCAAUCAAAUCUCUGGUGAGUGAACUUGAGUAAAGAGAACAAAGUUCUGCCUCGUUUGAUUCUGGAGAAAUAGACGACUGUUGUGUCUCGACUAGGUGUUAUGAAAGAGGCGUUUUGUCAGCUCAGUUGGUACUAUGCGGGACUUAAGGGUAGACGGCUGAUUCGAAUCCCGAACAGAACUUAUUUGGUAGACUGCUGUUAGAGAUGGACGUUGUAGAGGUCCCCCUCUUAAAUAACGUUACAGUGUUGAAAGGGAUGUUAAACUGACACAUCGACUACUAGAUUGUAGAUUAGCGUGGCCAGGGUUAUUCAGUACUUCGAGUAAAUCCAAAAUACAGAAGCAUUCAAGAAUCAAGCAGCAGAUUGCAAAUCAUACAGUGCACGUCUACCCAGCUGUCAUUGUUCAUUAUGUAGGGAUAUGCCGAAUACACUGAAGUGCUAUUGCGCCUAUCGCAGACACAGAGGUCCUGCUUUAAAUCCCGAUCGAGAGACUUUAAGUUGUCUAUCCCGUGCGCCGCUGUGCAGACUUUAGUACGUCACAGUUACACAGCUGCUUGUAUUGCUGAAGGGAGCACACCGUUAGCUCAGUUGGUAUAAUGAUAUAUGGACUGCGGAGCUGGAUAACCCUGGUUCGAUUCUUUAAAUGGCAAGUCUGAAUGUGAGUUGUUUUGGACGAGAUUCUAAGGUUCUUUACCCAUUUGACUCAUUCCUAUGGUAGAUGGACGUUAAAUUUGGAGUCUCCACAGUUGAACAUACCUUGUAAUGAAUGUUGCUGAAGGGUUUUAAAAUUCAUUUCAACACGAUAUAUAGACAGGACAGAGACCGCCUUAAAAUUUCUAUCUCAAAUAUGUUUCCCUGUAGCCAAGAACAUGAAAGCUCACGAGGGCUUAAAGUGGUGUACGGUACCCUUUGCCUUGGCUGGUUUUGGCUGAGUAAUUAUUUACGUUACAUUUCGCAAUUAGUUUGUUAGACAUCCCAUAUUGUCCCCCUUGCUCAUUAUAAACUGCUACAACAGAUGCAGGUAACGGUUAUUUCUUGUUUGACUAUGCCCGCUACUUCUUCCAUUGCUGUAACCACAGUUUCCAAUUUUAGUAAUAAGGAAAUAAAAUGUGAUACGGAAGAUAGAGUUGCUGAACAUUAGCCGUUACCUCUAAUUCCAUCCCCCCACCCCCUUUCCAACAAAAAAAUGUCCCCUACAACUGGCUACACUUCUCUCUUCUAAGAUAUGUUAAGUGGGCAGAGUGAUUUCCUCUCAGCCGUGAAUGAUUCAGAAUUUGUUUGGAAACAGAUACUGCAACAUGUUGAAUGUAAAUUGUAAAGCAAUAAAAACAAUAUUUCAGUGGA